AUGCACACACCACCCGCACUCCCUCGCCGUUUCCAAGGCGGCGGCUGCGCUCGCACCCCAGGGUCUCACCGGCAAGGGAAGGAUAAUCUGGAGAGGGAUCCCUCAGGAGGGUGUGUUCCGGAUUUCUUGCCUCAGGCCCAAGACUCCAACCAUUUUAUAAUGGAAUCUUUAUUUUGUGAAAGUAGCGGGGACUCAUCUCUGGAGAAGGAGUUCCUCGGGGCCCCAGUGGGGCCCUCAGUAAGCACUCCCAACAGCCAGCACUCUUCUCCCAGUCGCUCACUCAGUGCCAACUCCAUCAAGGUGGAGAUGUACAGCGAUGAGGAGUCCAGUAGACUGCUCGGGCCAGAUGAGCGGCUCCUGGAGAAGGACGACAGUGUGAUUGUGGAAGACUCAUUGUCUGAGCCCCUGGGCUACUGUGAUGGGAGUGGCCCAGAGCCUCACUCCCCUGGGGGCAUCCGGCUGCCCAAUGGCAAGCUCAAGUGUGAUGUCUGUGGCAUGGUCUGCAUUGGACCCAACGUACUCAUGGUGCACAAGCGCAGUCACACUGGUGAGAGGCCUUUCCACUGCAACCAGUGUGGUGCCUCCUUCACCCAAAAGGGGAAUCUGCUGCGUCACAUCAAGCUGCACUCUGGGGAGAAGCCCUUCAAAUGUCCCUUCUGCAACUACGCCUGCCGCCGCCGUGAUGCACUCACUGGCCAUCUCCGUACCCAUUCGGUCUCCUCCCCAACAGUGGGCAAGCCCUACAAGUGUAACUACUGUGGUCGAAGCUACAAACAGCAAAGUACCCUGGAGGAGCACAAAGAGCGGUGCCACAACUACCUGCAGAGUCUCAGCACUGAAGCCCAAGCUCUGACUGGCCAACCAGGUGACGAGAUACGUGAUCUGGAGAUGGUGCCAGACUCCAUGCUGCACUCAGCCUCUGAGCGGCCAACUUUCAUUGAUCGUCUUGCCAAUAGCCUCACCAAACGCAAGCGUUCCACCCCCCAGAAGUUUGUAGGAGAAAAGCAGAUGCGCUUCAGCCUCUCGGACCUCCCCUAUGAUGUGAACUCAGGUGGCUAUGAGAAGGAUGUGGAGUUGGUGGCACACCAUGGCCUGGAACCUGGCUUUGGAGGUUCCCUGGCCUUUGUGGGUGCAGAGCAUCUGCGUCCCCUUCGCCUUCCACCUACCAGUUGCAUCUCAGAACUCACACCUGUCAUCAGCUCUGUCUACACUCAGAUGCAGCCCCUUCCUGGUCGAUUGGAGCUCUCAGGGUCCCGAGAAGCAGGUGAGGGACCUGAAGACCUCAGCGAUGGAGGCCCCCUCCUCUACCAUGCUCGAGGUCCCCUGACUGACCCUGGGGCAUCCCCCAGCAAUGGCUGCCAGGACUCCACAGAUACAGAAAGCAACCAUGAAGAUAGGGUUGGGGGGGUGGUAUCCCUCCCUCAGGGUCCCCCACCCCAGCCACCUCCCACCAUUGUGGUGGGGCGGCCCAGUCCUGCUUACGCCAAAGAGGACCCCAAGCCACAGGAGGGGUUACCACGGGGCACCCCAGGCCCCACCAAGGAAGUGCUUCGGGUGGUGGGUGAGAGUGGUGAACCUGUGAAAGUCUUCAAGUGUGAGCACUGCCGCAUCCUCUUCCUGGACCAUGUCAUGUUCACUAUCCACAUGGGGUGCCAUGGCUUCAGAGACCCUUUCGAGUGCAACAUCUGUGGUUACCACAGCCAGGAUAGGUAUGAAUUCUCUUCUCAUAUUGUCCGGGGGGAGCAUAAGGUGGGCUAG